AUGUUCAUGUGUCAAAUCAAGCUUCCAAAGAGCUCUCAAGAUGAGCAUCGUGUGGUCUUGCCAUGCUCGGUGGAAGAGUAUCAAGUCGGGCAGCUUUUCUCUGUGGCUGAGGCCAGUAAAAAUGAGACGGGGGGUGGAGAGGGCAUUGAAGUGCUAAAGAACGAACCAUAUGAGAAGGAGGGCGAGAAGGGGCAAUACACACACAAAAUCUACCACUUAAAGAGUAAAGUGCCGGGCUUUGUGAGGAUGAUUGCACCAGAGGGGGCGUUAGUUUUCCACGAAAAGGCCUGGAAUGCUUAUCCAUACUGUCGCACGAUUGUGACUAACGAAUACAUGAAAGAUGACUUCAUGAUUAAAAUUGAAACGUGGCACAAACCUGACACGGGCUCUUUAGAGAAUGUACAUGAUCUGGAUCCCACCACAUGGAAAACAGUGGAGGUCGUGCAUAUCGAUAUAGCCGAUCGGUCUCAGGUCGAACCUGGAGACUAUAAACAGGAAGAGGACCCAGCAAUCUUUCACUCAGAGAAAACUGGCCGGGGACCUUUAGGACCAGACUGGAAGAAAGAGCUCUUGGCUAAGACGGACACCCCUCGUAUGUGUGCGUACAAACUAGUCACCGUCAAGUUCAAGUGGUGGGGCCUUCAAACCAAAAUAGAAAACUUCAUCCACAAGCAAGAGAAGAGAAUCUUCACCAACUUCCACCGUCAGCUCUUCUGUUGGAUUGACAGCUGGGUGGAGCUCACCAUGGAGGACAUCCGCAGGAUGGAGGAGGAGACGCAGCGAGAGCUGGAGGAGCUUCGUAAAACUGGUCAGGUUCGAGGCACCAGUGCUGCUCACGAGCAAUAGGGCUAAACUUCAAGAAUCCAACCACGACGACACUUGACGAAAGACAUCACCGCAUCCAACCAAACCGGCCAGUGGUGGUGCCGUCCUCCUCCACCAGACUGCAGAAUGACAACAGUGAUCAGUAGUACUGUACUCACACACCUGCCGACAGGGUGGACAUUUUCACGGUCAACCUGUUUUUAGAUUCAGCCAGGUUGAUCCAGUGACUAUUACCACUUUGUUAGAAAUACCUGAGUAUUGCUGUAUGGUUGUGUUAUUCUAUUUCAGAAACAAAACGACUUAAUUUCGGCAGGCAUUGGACCAAUUCUUUGUGUUUUUGUUUGGUUUUAUCUGUUUGUAAUGGUUCAGAUCUUUAUUUUCUUGUCUGUGUUUAGUCUUCCCCCCCCCAGAUGAAGCACUUCUUUUGGUUCUUUUAAAUUCCUAAUCAUGUUUUUAAUUAGUAGAUUUUCAUUUCGUAUGAGCGUAGUCCUGCCUACCAUGUCUUGUUUUUCUAGGUUAAAUGUGUGAUGCUACUGCACGGCAUGCACAUUUGUGCAAAAAUACACGUCCACCUCGCAAAACCUUUUCCACGAGUGGCUUUUGCAUGAGCUCAGGCAUUUUAGCGGCUGUUUUUGAGAGGGUCUUCAUGUUCUCAAGACACUUUGCGUGACGUAACCCCUCAGGACUCCUCCUCUUCUCACCAAAAUCCAAGCUAGUUACUGGAGCAAAUCGCCGCCGCUGCUGCUUUUUCUUACUUUUAGAGUUGCUUUAGGACAGGCAAAGUGCUUUUAUAUCGCUAAUCUACCUGUAAUGCUCUCAGGGUUCCCACGGUCUUGGAAAAUCCUGGAGAUAUCAGGGAAAAAUUGUGAUUUCCAGGCCUGGAAAAGUCUCGGUUCAUUACAAGUAUACCUACAGAAAAUAAUUUCCAUAAGUAAAUUAUAAUAAAAUUAAAAUAAAUAGUGUCAGUCUUUUUAAAAAGCAAAAAUCGCCAUUUCAAUAAUGCAGUUACAAUGCACAUAAACCGCGUUGACGUUUAAAAGCUGAAGUGUGAUGAUUCUUGUCAUUUUUCUCUUGCUAUUAUUUGAUCUAUAUUAAGUCUAAAUUGUCAUUUCUGAGGUGUAACUACUUUUCCAGGUAGAUGAAUCUCUUGUUUACUGACAUGCAAGCAGUGACUACUGUCUGGUAUCCUUGCGCAUAUUAUGCAAAUGUGACUGCGGUUGUCAUGACAACAAAUUUAAAUUCGGUGUCACACAGGCACAGUCAGGAAGAGAUUCUAGUGCACAAGUCUCAUGGUUUUAGUGUGUACUUGAAUCUUUUUUGACCAGCCCUGCAGACUUGCAUUAUUAAAUGCAUUAAUGUAACAGCAUUUUUUUGCUUGACAAAAACGGACAACCUGAAAUUCCUACAAUCGACAUGCUGUCCCCAAAAGAUUUCAUUAAUGAAAUCCUAAAGUAUAAAUUCAUAUAUUUAUAUAGUGUAUAUUGCAGUCUAUGCAAAAUGAUUGAUCAGAACGUGUGGGAACCCGGAGCUCUGCACCUGAAUGUGUGCGUAGACGCCUCAACAGACGCUUAGGACAAAGAGGAGAACUUUAUAAAUGCAUUUUAAAGAGCUUGGUAUUUGUUUAGUUUCUAUAUCUUACCAGGUCAGAGUCACAGGAUGUGCAGGUAGAAUAAUUCUACUUCCUGUCUUCCUCGUCUCUGGCCGUCCUGCACCAGCUCAGAUCAUCCAGUCUAGCAAAAAGAGUCUGCUGUUUGCACUUGACCCGCAGUGCAGGGCUGUUUUAUCUCCUCGUUUAUUAGUAACUGGUUUUUAACGUGUACGGUUCUCUGUCCAGAGCGACAGACGGAUUGGGAUUUUUAUCAUAUAUUGUGGUCAGUGCAUUAGUUUAAAUAGUCGGGCUUUCAUGGACAGCUGACGGCCAGAGUUUGUGCAAUCACUUGCAAACUAGUGCCUGAUGUCUGCGUUGAAACCGCGAUCCUAUCACACUGAUUGUCUAGUUAGAAUCGCACAUUUGUGAUCGUUUUCAAGCCUGAACGUGGCAUACAAACACGUUUCUUCUUGGUUUGCAUGUUUUGUUUUUUUUAAAGUCCCUCUCAUUUCAAGGUCCACGAAUGUUCACGCAAUCAUGCAACCCGUCAGGUUCGGCCUCAGCGGCACCUUUAUGGCAAUCAAGAAGACCUGUGUUCCUCUUCUCAUAGAUCCGGAUGGGAGGAAGUCAGGUUUUGAUUUUUGAUUUUUUCAUAUGUUCUCUAGAUCAUAAUUGAGGAAUCAGUGCACUGACGUCUGUUCAGACAUAUUGUCUCCAGUCUCACGGAUCGUGUGGUUUACUUUUGUACACGUACAUGGCUUUUAGGCUAGCGGGGACUGGGAUGGGCAAGGGUUUCAGAUAUAAUGAAUGAAUCAUAUUGUAAUCGAAGCAUAACUGCGCACUUGGAGAAUCUAC